AUGGCUAGCUUGACGACAGGCCUGGAUCAAACGGACCCUCUGGUGACUUCUACAGCCACAGCCACAGAGCACACGGUACAAGCUCCCGUCAAGCAGCAGCGGGUGCUCGCUUGUGUGUCGUGUCAGCAGCGCAAGGUCAAGUGCGAUCGCCACUUCCCCUGCGCACACUGUCUUCGUGCUGGUACCCCAUGUGUGCCGGCUUCCCUCGUGCCCCGUCAGCGCCGUCGCAGGUUCCCAGAGAGGGACCUGCUUCAGCGCCUGAGACACUAUGAAGACCUUCUUCGCCAAAACAACGUCGACUUCCAGCCUUUGCACCCCACUUCCCCGGCCAGUGCCAGUGCCAUAACGGCCGAGCAACCCUCUCUGGCCGUAGCUGCAGCGGCCGCUGACACAAAACAACGAGGCACUGAAGACUCCGAAAUGCUAGACACUCGCUCAGAGGUCUCAUCAGUGGACAAGGCACCCAUGAAGUCGGAUUCGAAACCCGUGAAUCUGUGGCACGCUAUCAGCCGGGUGACAUUAGACCCAGGUGAAGACGACACCGAUGAUGACGACGGUGACGGUAGUGCCGAAGCCAGUCCAGAGAAUAGCGGCCACGGCGAUGGUGGAAGCGAUUCCCAACCAGGAACCCGCAGUGUGCACACUUCUAUCAAGAAGAACGCGUGGGAUCACGAUGAUACUUACUCGGGGGCUCAAGGCGACGAUUUCGACCAUUUAUUGUUUGGCGCAACACAAACAGAUGUCCACUUAUCCACCUUGCACCCAGAACAAGUCCAGAUCUUCAGGCUCUGGCAGAUUUACCUCGAGAACAUCGACCCACUGCUCAAGGUUACCCACACGCCGAUCCUGCAGGCACGCAUCAUCAACGCCGUCAGCAACCUGGAAGGCAUUAGUCCUUCCUUGGAGGCCCUUAUCUUCAGCAUCUAUUGUGUCUCCGUCCUGAGCCUCACCAACCAGCAGUGUCGUUCUUUCUUUGGAUCUCCCCGGAGGGACCUGCAGGCACGUUAUCAUUUCGCAUGUCAGCACUCCCUCCUGAAUUGCAAGGCUCUGCGGUCCGGCAGUGUCGAAAGCUUGACAGCCUUGUACCUCUAUCUUGUCUCAGUCAGGUCACAGACAGACCCUCGAUCCUUGUCGUCCACGCUUGCCAUCGCCAUCCGCGUCGCACAACGGAUGGGCUUGCACGAUGAGUCCACAUAUGGUGGUUGCAAUGCUCUCGACGCUGAGAUGCGCCGACGGCUGUGGUGGUCCCUGGUCAACUUUGAUCACCGCCUAUGCGAAAUGACGGAUUACAAGACAACCAAUUUGACACCGACCUGGGAUUGCAAGAUACCCCUCAAUGUCAACGACUUUGAGCUCCGGCCGGAAAUGAAGAUCUCGCCGACGACUCACGAUAAACCCACUGAGGCCCUCUUCGCGGUUGUUCGCAGCGAACUGGCGGAUUUUGUUCGCCAUAGCGCAUUCCACAUCAACUUCAUCAGUCCGUCCUUGAAUGCCAUCGCCAAAUCAAGACAUGGUCCCGCCCCAGAUGGAGACGAAUUGACGCUCCUCGAAAAGACCAUCGAGGACAAAUACCUCAGCUCCUGCGACCCCGACAACCCCCUCCACUUCAUGACAAUCUGGACAACACGGGCUUACCUCGCCCGAGCCCGCCUGCUGGAGCACUACUCAAGGUUCUCGACCUCGUCCGCGCAGCAGACAGAGUCCCAGCGCAGCGCCGCCGUCUCGCACGCGCUGGGCAUGCUCGAGUGCGAGACCAAACUCCGGACUUCCCCCCUUAUCAAAGGCUUCCUCUGGCACGUCGACUCCAACGUCCCCGCCCUCGCGUACGUGCACAUCCUCAACGGGCUCAAGAAGCGGCCCGACGACGAGCACGCCGACAGGGCGUGGGAGGCGCUGAGCGACAACUACGAGGCCCGCGCCACGUACUCCAAGGCCGGCGAGUACGGCAUCUCGGACGUCUUCUCGCGCGUCGUGCUGCAGGUGUGGGCGGCGCGCGAGGAGCUCUGCAGGGAGCAGGGGAGGCCCGUGCAGCCGCCGCGGAUCGUGGAGAUGGUCAGGAAUGUGGCGGCGGGGACGGAUUCGGCUGCGCCCCCUCAGCAACAGGUUCAUCCUGGACAGCCCAAUGUUGGGGCUAUGGGCAUCAGCUCCAGCGGGUCUUCGCUGCCUAUACCUGUGAGCUUCGGUGGUGAUCAGGGUCCUGGGCACCAAUUCUUUCCUGGUUCUGGGCUUGGAACGUAUCCGGAGAUACCCCAGCAAGCUAUGAUGGAUGUUGACAUGAAUCAGUUCUUGAACCCGGUGGACUGGAGGUGGAUGCAUGCGCGAGGUUGGUGA